UGCAGCUACUUCUCUCUUUCAUUUCAGUCUUUUGAGAACUUUACGGUACGGGUUUAGGGGAUCCGUGACGACGCCAUCUUCAACUCCUUGCGAGUGUCUCCACGGUAUAGACGGGUCGGAUGCUUGUUGAUGUUCAUCUCCUGGAGACACUCGGAGAAUUUCUGCAUGCGUCUUUGCCGCGGACCUUCCGAGUUCGGGAGCCACUCGACUCUUCUCAGUCUCUUGAAGUGACUUCACCCGCAUCCAGGACGUUGCGCAAUACACGCGCUGAGAACAAGCCUCUUUCUUUUGUCCUGAAAAGACCCCGCAGCGCUCUGGUUUCAAACACGCACGCCAAUUGAUGUGAGAAGUAAAUGCCAUUUUUUCUCAAUUCUCAGAAGCCGCAUCGACCAGCUGCUGACGCUUCAGUUCAGAACAUUCACCUGAGAUCGCCUCUUGGAGAGCUCUGGGGCGCGACGCUCUGGUGUCCCAGCUGUAUGUACACCCGAGAGCCGAGGGUCCGCCUGCACGAAUCCGUUCUGCGUUUCUGUGGGAGAGUCUGAAAUGGCGCCGUGCGUCGGCGCAGCUCCGCUUGAAGGGAUUUUCCAGCCUUUCUCUCGGGGUCCGCUGCGGAGUUUUCACAUCCGACGAAGCCAGACAUCUCAGCAGCGUUUCCGGCGGCUUCGCCCGGCCUCUCCACCGUCGCCUUCCUCGGAUUCGUACCCUUCUUUGCAGACACGAGACGCCUGCUCUCCCCGCUCUCUCGGGGAGCACGGGCGCUCUGCGUUCCAGCCAGUCCUCUCGAGUUUCGCGCGUCCGUCGCCUCCUCGCGAGUCCACACAGCAUUGUUUUCGCAUCCGAGCCACUCGCUACUACUCGCGAAGGCGCCGCGAGUCUCGGAAUCCUCUGCUGCUUCGCAAGCCUAUCGCUUCAUUCGACCAAGUCUCUCCCUCAGCGCUUCCACGCGGCCCCCGCCUGUUCCUCUCUCCUCCUCCCCACGCGCCUCCUUUCCCCUGUACCCCACAACAUGUCUUCGCCUGUCUCCCGCUUCCGCUCCGCAACUGUCUUCGGCUGUCUCCUUUCCCGCUUCGAGAGCAGCGGCUCUCGCCGCCGCCUUCGUCUUUGGCGCAGACGAGGCCAUUCUCGUCGCGCAGACCCAAGGCGGUGAAACAGAUCACUUACAGGGCGCUUCGCCGAGCUAUCAACGCGUUCAAACACCACAAACUACGCACAGAUCCUAAAAGCGUAGCCUCUGCCUUUCUCGUUCCUUCUUCUCUUCCGCCUUCUUCAUCAACAUCAUCAUCGCCUUCUUCUCGAAUUGCCGCUUACCGUGGAGAGGCCCUGUCGCGAGACCGGGUGCAUGCUCCGGAGCCUGGCGCUCUCCCCCUGCGUCCUCCGACUUCUGCAGACCUCCGGUCGACAUAUGCAGAUCCCUUCCAGUUUUCAGCGUCUCUCGUUCCGGCGCCUCUCCCCUCGCCGCCGCCUAUCUUAUUUCACCGCACGGUGACCCUCCCCAGAAGUCCAGAAAACGCCUCGCAGAUCCGCGCGCGUCGCCUGCCCCUCGGGAACGUGAAGAAGCUGAAGAGCUUCGAACUCGCCGCCGCACUCUGCACCUACGCCCAGGUGUACGUCCACCACGCGGCGCUCUGGGCCGCGCUCGUGAAGGAAUGCGACGGCCGGAGCAAGCACUUCAGUCCGGCUGAGGCCUGCUGGGUUUUGCAUGCGUUCGCCAGGGCAAAAGAGCGACGCGAAAGAGCGGCGCAGAGGGACGGACUGUGUGGUUCUUCUUUGCGUCUUUCUUCAUCUUCUCCGCUGGAGACCGAGUGGCUGCCGUCGGUGCGCCGGGCGUCCGAGCGUUUGGCGGCUCACGUUGCGACGAACUUUCGUCUCCUUUCUCUGGCCGAUGCCGCGCGCGUGCUGCAUGCAACGAGCGUUCUGAACUUGCCUGAUUCGCGGCUGUUUAGAGUUCUCUGUCCGCUGCUCCCGGAGCUCCUCAACGCGUUUCUUGCGCAGACAGUCGACGCGCCUCAGCGUCUCCACUACGUCCUGCAGCUGCUCGUGUCUGCGCUGGCGCGAGAGCGUCUGCACCUCCCGGAGGUCCUGAGGCUCGCGGGAGACGUCUUCGCUUCCCACAUCGACGCCUGGCUUCGGGCGCGGUCGAGAGACAGUCUGCGCCUCCAAAGGAGACAGAGGAAAAACGCGAAUUCUCUCGUCUCUGGAGGAACGAAGGAGCGCGCUUGCGCGCUGGGUGAAGGGGAGGCGGACGACGCUGGAGGAGCGGGCAGGCACACGGCGCAGCGGAAGCAACGAGGCCCGGCGAUCUUCCACUUAGCUGACUUGGGAGACGGCGCGUCCCCAGAGGGUCCGAAGGCGUCGCGCGGCUCGGGCGACGAGGCAGCGGCGCUUCUCCCCGUACCGCAGAGACUCGCGGCGCUUCUCCACGCCUUCAGUCUCCUUCAGUUUCGCCACGAGAAGCUCGUCGCGUCCACGCUGCGUCUCGUCCAAGUUGCGGCUUCCCCACCAGCUGCAGCACCCGCGGCCGCAGAGAGAAAGCUCUCCGGGAGGCUGUCGGCCUUGUGGGCCGGGCCAGGUUGCGGCCUGCAGGGAGGGAGAAAAGGCGCUGGAGAUGAGAGUCGCGACGGUCUCUUCUCCGGCAGCGUCGCGCCGGCGCGCGAGGGACAAGGUGUUUCGCGGCUCGAGGCGGAAGAGCGAAUGACGAGGACGACGCAGAGCGUUGGAUCUCUUGACGAGACGCUCGGGGCGCAUCACUUUCGAGAUCUGUGCUUUUCCUCCCCACCAGCCUCUCAACACGGCAAAACGGACCAUCGGCUUCCCCUGUCUCGGAUGUCUCCAUCGACUUCCACGUUUGUGGCCGCGUUGCCUGCCGCGAACUGCACUUCGCUUCUUCCCUCCCCCGCGUCGUCUGCUCAGGUGCCGGUACACCUGAGCGGCUCGGCGUUGGCGCCUCGCAGCGCCUCGGCGCCGACGUCGCUUUCGCGCCCGAGAACGACACCUCGUUCGCCUUCUUCGCUUCAGCAUGUCCACUCGCCCUGGUCGGGAGCAGCCGCCACUGCCCGUGCACUUCUUCUCGCUCCCCAUGCGUUCAUGCGUGGCGGCCGCGGAACCGGGAAGUCCUCCGCCUCGGUUUCGGCCGCUGCCGUGUCUGUGCGGCUCAGCCGCUUCGGCUUCUCGCGAGGGAGGAAAACGAAGGCGUCGCAGGCAGCCCGGCGCGGCGGCGCACCUCGUCUGAAGCGCGCAGACUGGCGCCGCAUGCUGCACCUGACUCUCGCGAGUCAGGUGCCUCCUGGAAGGCGAUCUCCGUUCUCCACUUGGAAUGUAGAGCGACACAAACGAAGGGCGGCUGUGCUCGAACGUCAGGUCGCAGCGAGAAGAGCUGCAACCGCCGCCGCGACUUGCCGAGACAGCGCGAAGCACUGGACAGCUUCUCAACUCAGCACGAUCCUCGCGGCCCUCGAUGCACUCGGCGUGAAGAGCCGACCCAUCCUGGAGCUGUGGCAGCGCGCGGUGUACGCCCACCUGCACGCGCUGCCUUUCCACGAGACCGUGGAGGCGCUCGAAACCGCCAGUCGGCUCGGCUGGUACAGCCGAGCGUUUGGACAUCGCGCGUUCGCCCGAGUGGGCUGGUUCCUGAAGACUGAAAAGACCCACAUGCGCUCCAUGGAAGACUUCUGUCGAGUUGCUGAGAUCCUCAGUGUGUGGCCGGGAGGCGAGAGAGAAGUCCAUGAAGCGACGCGAGCGGUGAGACGCAGACUCGCGAGGCUCGGCAGGUUUUGGCUGCUCGAUGACGCAGGCGAAGCCGCCCUCAGAGACGUCUGGAGGGCCUUGGUGCGUCUGGGGCAUGUUCCCCCUCCCUCGUCUCCCCUUUCGUCCUCGAGCUCGACGUCUGCGGCUCCUCCUCACCUUCUUCUUUCCACGCCUUUUCCGGUGGCGAAGUGGCAUCCGCCUUCGCCCUCAAAAGCUCCAGAAACCUCUCUGAACGGUUCGGCAUCUCCUUGCAGGUCCAGCGAACCGUGCAGGGAGGGACAGACUGUGGAGAAACCGGGGGGCGAGACAGGAGACUCGAGUGCCCACCGCGUGAGUCCACCGGACCCGCCGCCGUUAACAGUUCCGAGUGUCUCCUCGGCAGAGAGACUGUUCCCAGCGCGUUUUUCGUCUUCUCUGUCUUCUUCUUCGUCGCUGCUUUGUCUGUCUGGAGCUCAGCGAUACCCACUCAGACGCGUCGCUGCCUGCAGUGGCUGUGCACCUCAGCGUCUGGCUCUUCGGUCAGUUGCAGGGGUCGUUCCGUGGAGACCUGUCGAGGCGAUCUAUCGCGAGGCUGUUGGGUUUUCUCUGAUUCCUGCUCUUCUGCGAAUCACGGUUUCUCUGUUUCCCCUCUCGCCGCCCAUUCCGUUGACGCUGCUUCUCCCUCGAGUGCGAAAGUGCGCCCUCGCAGGCGUCGUUUCUCUCGGUUCGCUCCACGGCAUGCUCAAGGAUUUGAACGCGUUGCGGCAAUUCCGCUCUCUCGCUGCCCACAGCGCGUUGCGGCCGGCGUCUGGGCAGCCUCGCCAGCUUUCCCCGUCUGCGGCUCGACCGCCGCCUCUCCGCUGUUCUCCGUCGCGAGACGGCAGGUCCGUCGAGGCGAAGGGUGUCUCAGGAGAGCACGAGGAGACGCGAGCGAACCGCGCUGGAGACGAUAACAAACAGGGGCGAUUGAUUCGUACUUCGGAGGGUUUGAGCAGCGUAACGGCACCAUCUGCAAUGGAGAGAGUUCCGAGAUUCCCGAUCGAGAGAGCCGUCUCUGGGGCGUCCGGGAGAGAGACAGACUCUUCCAGGCCAACGCCAGAAGCGCCCACGCGUUCGGCGUCUUGCGCGGUUUCGAGCGAGGCUGCGGAGUGUGUUGGAGAGGCACAGACAACUGCUGCGGGGACGCAGAGACAUGUGGAGGACUCGUGGAAAACUCUCGAGAAGAAGAGAUAUGAGACCUUCGAGGAGCUCCUGGAGGAGACAGAAGCGGCUCUGUGGAGGGUCACUCGCCAGCGCGUCUGUCGGGCUCUGACUCGUAGCUCAGCAGAGCCAGUGCAGCAAGGCAGGCACAUGCAGGAGUCAGGAAAGGCAUCGAGUUUGGGGUCUGCGUGUCUCCAGACAAGACGUUCGCGGAUGCAGGCCACAGCGGGUGCUGUCUCUCUGGAAGAGCUGGCUUCACACGGCGCGCUUCUCCACGGCUUUUCCAACGCGCUUGCGGGCGAACUCGUCGACUUGGGGUCUCUGCGCUUGGGGAGAGAAAGAGCUGUAGAGACACCCGAUCCUCGGGGCAGUUCUGCUUUGACGCUGGGCUCUUUCGGGAAGGCUUCAGAGACGCGUCAUGGACGCCCGCAGCCUCCGGCGAGUGUUCAGAGAGAACAAAAACGCGCUGCAUCUGAGGGAAGUGGAAGGCUCGACACGACCACGCAGUGCGUUCGGACUAAAAGCUCAACCCAAGAAACAGACGGGGAAACGCUUGAAGUGCUGGCCGCAGUUCGUGAAACGGUUCGGGGCCCUUGGCCUCUUGCCGAGAGACAGAGCAGCCGAAAGGAGACACCUGGUCCAUCAGGCGACGAAGCUGAAGGAGCGCGAGACGUGCUGUCUAUGAAAACAACUGGAGAUUCACAUGGUCAGGAGACUGCGAGAGGAUGGCAGUUCCAGAGUGUCGGAGAGGCAGCGGCGGUUCUCGCUCUUGAGGUUGCACCUUACAUUUCCAACCUGUUACGACCUGAGCCAUGCGGGUGUCGACGCACCUGUGCCUCGUCUCUCAGGAGAGGCGAGGCAGAGGUGCGUUCGUCGCUAAGCGUCGUGGAGGCCUGCGCAGCCGAACGGGAAGAUCGGGGCCGCGAGGCAGAGAGGUCAACCUUUUCUUCUCCAGAGGCCAGUUCUCUCUCGCGGAUUUCGGCGCCUUCAGUAGCCUCUCUUCAGUCGCACUGGACACCUUCGUUGGAAGGAGCCGAAACGGGGGAGUCCCGCGCCAAGUCCCCGCAAGUCAGCGAGCAACGCAGGCGUUUGGCUGUAGACAGCGACGGUUCAGUGUUCAGGGCUGAUGGCCCCUCUGGCUGCCGCGUGGCUUGGGAACCGGCUCGUGACAUUCUGGGGAGACUCGUCCACUUUUUCUCGUCUUUCUCACAGAUGGCGACAGCGAAGGAGGUCCGCCAAACUCUGCAUAUUGUCUUGGGAUUCCUCCGACACCCGUUCUGGCUGAACCGACUCGAGAGUCACCUCUCGGCCGCGCUGCAGCGCAGCUGGGAGCCGACUGCAUGCGCGCGGCGCCGCAGAAGCGAUUCAGUUUCCACUGACCUCUGUUUCGAGUGGGAACUCGACGUUCUAGAGCAAAUAACUGCCAUCGGAGCAGCGCUCUUGCGGCAGAAACCUCGCUGUGUAGCUGCGACUCGAGCCGACGAGUUUCUCGUCCUUUUCGCGGACUUGCAGGGGACUGCUAGGCAGAUUCGUCGCGUCUUCCACACCGCAGUGGAGGCGUGGUGGAGCGCGCGGGGGGCGUCAGAGGAGAACGGAGAGCCGACUUGCAGUGAUCGGAGUGGCGACGACUCCAGACAGUUGGCCAGAAACAGGAUUCAAACGAUUGACAUGCUCUUUGGAAACACGCUUCAGUUCCUCCAACUCGCCGAGAACGUCAUGGUCGAGUGUAUGUACACCCGGCUGCGAGAGGUGCCCAGUCUCGCGCUCGCGGCAAGCCCCGUCACCGCGCUAAACGCGACUCUGGAGGCGUGCUCUCCCUGGCUCAGAAGUGGACAUCUGGGGAUGAGGACAGGGCGCGGAAGUGGAGAGGGGAAAAGGAAGGAAACCUGGGAAGAGAGCUCAGAACCGUUCGCGGGGAAAGCAGCACGCGCCCGAGGAGCCGCGAUCUGCAAUAAGUUAGGUGUACAUACACGUGGAGAAGCGUUCUGCGAACCCCCGAGAGAGCUGAAGACCGAGGAACAGGCAGAUGGUCCUGCUGGACAUUUCACGGGCAUCUCUGAGGAAGGGCAGGACGUCUCAGGGAUUCAGGCCCUGUGCCUUAACCACAGAUUUCGACGGCGGCUAGAGCAGCUGAGUUUCCUGACCGCCGUGUAUCCUCAGGCCUUCAGCGCCUGCUCGAGUUUCUGUGAAGAAGGCGCGCCUCUCCCGGUGGAGACGAACAGCGGGUUUGCGCAGCCCGUGAGGUGUCCAGACACCCGGCACAGUUCUGCGUUCCACGCGGUUCCCAGUUUCUUGUCUACACAGCAUGUUUGUGCCGGUCCCGCGACGAAGAAAACAGAAGGCACUGCGACUGCGACCUCACGCGGAACCUGCGAAAAGCGAAGUUCGACUGAGGAAGGGCAAAAAGCGGAAAAGCAGCUGUUUUCUUGCUCGCAACUGGUUAGUGACGUAGUCUGGGCGACACUCGAGAGUGAACGCAAGAAGUGUAUUUGGAGUUUCGGCGAGAGGAAGUCGUGGGGAGGAACGCCCUCUGGAGAAGGGAGAGUUGGGGAGUCCGGGGAGCUGCACAAAGAACGAACUCGCGCAUCUUUACAGAGGGCUACAGACUGGCUGAUGGUGAUGCAGCGACUGAGAGAGUCUCCGGAGAACACAGAGGAAAGGACCACGUUCGAAGACUUGCGGUGGCGCCGUUCCCACCCGAGAGAAGGAGUGCGAACUGAAGAAAACUGGAGGGACAUGGAGAAGGUGGAACUGCGUAGAUUCGUAGCACGUCUGUUUGUGCUUCGGAUGGUGAAACAAGAUGCAGCCCUCGCUCGAAUUCUCGACGGACUUUGGGUCUCGCGCUGAACGCUGAGGGAUCUUUGUUUGCGGCACCGACCGUGGUUAAAAUGACUGUUUGCCAUCUCAAAGUCUUUUCCUGGGUUUCCCGCUCUACAUACACCCCACACCCACAGUCAAAAGAAUUUGAUGGCUCCUCCGAUGCGGCUGGACUCGAUGUGAAUACGCGCGGCCUACUUCUUCUACUUCUUCUACUUCUUCUACUACUACUGGGGCCACAAAUCCCCAGCGAGGCUUCUCGAGUGAAGGGUGAACGGCUCAUAUUCGAGAGGCCGACACGCAAAGCUCGGCUGCAGGCUUCCGAAAACGACAGCCCCGGGCGUGGGCUGAGGAGAAAAGCGCGGUGACUCACACAGAGCAGCGACUCCGAGAAGAAGUUAUGCGAAAACGUUUCUACCUUUUUCCGAUACAGAAGCCCAUCGGUUCACGCGCGGGCGCGCAUUUCGCAACUGCACCUCGCCGAGGGAGCAGUGGUUUCGCAAACAUGAUUCCUCGUUCUCUUCUAGGGAGUCCAGCGUCAUGGUUGUGAUCCGCAGACGAACUGGUUGUCUGCCGGUGUGUCUCGGUGAGACCGAUCCACUCAUCCACGAGCCACUCAGAGGUCGACGGUUGAGUGCUCUUUCGUCGUUUCACACGAGUGACCUUUGCUCAGUUGCUGGAUUUCGUUUCCUUUCCUAUUGUUGUAGAGAGUAAUUAACCUGCCGUGGAGGAGACGCCAAGUCUGCAACUUUCUCCCCGGCAAGCCCGGCACUGUGCCUUGCGGGGGAUUCAGUGGCAGGCGUCGCGCGUCGCCAGAACUCGGUCCUGCCUCCAGCCUGUUGGUUUCAGGUAUCACACGUCACAUGUGAACAAGGCAGGUCCCCACGCGCGUUCGACUCGAACUCUGUGCUGUGGACCUGCGAGUUCGAGAAGCCGGCUCUGCGAGCAGAAAGGGCGCAGGUAAACGGGGAGAUGCGUUCGCUGCAUGACCCGCAGAUCGUGGCUCUGUACAAACAACGUUGUGGGCCCCAAAAGUGAAAGCAGUGAUCUCAACGGAGAAAAAAAGGAACUCACCAAGCAGUCGUGGACUUACGUAAACGAAG